AUGUUGUUCAAGAACUCCGCGUUGUUGUCGGGCGCCUUGCUGGCCUCGUCUACUGUUGCCCAGUUCCCGCCGAAGCCUGAGGACGUCAAGACUGUUAAGUCCAAGUUCCAUCAAGGUAUUGAGAUCUCUUACAAGGAGGUUGAUCCCACCGUCUGCGAGACCACCGAGGGUGUUCGCAGUUUCUCUGGUUAUGUUCAUCUGCCACCUCACAGUAUCAAUGAGACACACGAAAGACAGGACUAUCCGGUCAAUACCUUCUUCUGGUUCUUUGAAUCACGCAAGGACCCGCACAAGGCUCCUCUGUCUAUUUGGCUCAAUGGUGGACCAGGAGGAAGCUCCAUGAUGGGAGCGCUCUCUGAGAACGGUCCUUGCUUCGUCAACAACGAUAGCAACUCUACCUACCUGAACCCUUGGUCAUGGAACAACGAGGUCAAUAUCUUGUACAUCGACCAGCCAGUCCAGGUCGGAUACUCGUACGAUGUCCCUACCAAUAUCACUGUCAACCUGAAGGUCGACAAUGAGAGCCCUGGUUCUAUCGAGGUAGCCGAUUUCAGCUCUGGUGUUCCUGACCAGAAUGCCACUUUCCUGGUUGGCACUGCUAGUAGUCAAAAUAUUUCUUCCACCGUCAACAGCACGCAGCACGCGGCUGUUGCCUUCUGGCACUUCGCCCAGACCUGGUUUGAGGAGUUCCCCCAGUACAAGCCUCACGAUGAGAAGAUCUCUCUGUUCACCGAGUCUUAUGGCGGAAGAUAUGGUCCCACUUUUGUCAAGAAGUUUAUGACUCAGAACGAAUUGAUUGCCAACGGGUCGAUCUCAGGCCCUGGCACGCACUACUUGCAUCUCGACACUUUGGGCAUAAUUAACGGGUGCAUCGAUUCCGAGGAUACCGCUGCUGCAUAUGUCGAUUUCCCUGUUGCCAACACUUACGGCAUCCAGGCAUAUACCGAGGAGCAAUUCCUCCAUGCCAGAUACGAGCUCGUCCGUGAGGGAGGAGUACGCGAUCAGAUUCAUGAAUGUCGCAGGCUGCAGAAAGAGACUGAUCCCAAUGAUUACGGUGACGUCGAGAAGACCAACAGCUAUUGUGCGGCAGCUGAGGAUAACCUCGCAAAGGCAGCCGUCGUGCCCUAUAUGAGCAAUGGAUCAUUCGGCUGGUUUGACGUUACUCACCAAGGAAACGAUCCUUUCCCACCCCAGUAUCUCGUAGGCUACCUGAACCAGCACUGGGUACAGGAGGCAUUGGGCGUUCCUGUCAACUUCACCGCAGUCUCGCCAACUGUCUACGAAGCCUUUACAAAGACUGGUGAUAUUGCCAAGGGCGGCCUUCUCGAGGAUAUCGCCUACAUUUUGGACAAUGGCGUAAAGGUGGCUCUCAUGUACGGUGACCGCGACUAUGCCUGUAACUGGCUCGGUGGCCAACAGUCAUCUCUUCACAUUCCUUGGGAGUCGCAAGAGGCAUUCUCAAAGGCCGGCUACACUCCCCUCGUACUUUCUCCCGUCCACUCUGGUGGUCUGGUCAGACAGCACGGUAACCUGAGUUUCACAAGGGUCUACCAGGCUGGUCACUUGGUACCCAGCUAUCAGCCUCAAGCUGCGUAUGAGAUCUUCAUGCGCAGUCUGUUCAACAAGGAUGUUGCUACUGGCAAAGUGGCUGUUUCGAGCGAGUACAAGACUAGUGGAUCUGAUGAUGCAUGGACUCCCAGUGAUGUCUUGCCUCAGCCUGAGAAUGAGUGUUAUACUCUCAACCCUGAAUCUUGUACUGAAGAAGAGCAGGGGUGGAUUCAGGAUGGUACUGCCAUUAUUAAAAACUGGAUCCUCAUCGGACGCGAGAAGAGUGGCAAGAGAGGUGGUAAGGAAAACUCGCAGAUCGUUAUGGCCGAUGAGGGUAUGUAUGAACUCUAG